GAGCCAUGUUUCUCUCUGAAGGCAACAUGAAACCCUUGUCUGAGCUGAGAAGGUUCCUGCUCUUUACCAAAUAAGGCGCAGUGCGGGGCGUGGGGCUCUCCGCUGCUGGGAGGUGUCGCUGGAUGAUGCGCCGCCGAGUGGCACAGACAUCCAGGAACUUUAAACUGACUUAAAACCCCGCUGAAGGAAAUAUAACACCACCAAGAUCACAACGAAUUUGUGACAAACAUCAGCAGGUUAAGUGACGAGCAGCCGCCACAGGAUCUCACGUUCAUCUCUGACCCUCGCUGGACGACAGAAGCCUCAGAUAACCCAACAUGCCACUUAUCGUCUUUCCCACCUCCCAGCUGCUAUGGGUCCGCGUGGCUGCCCUGUUGUUCACCUGCGUGGCGUUCAGUGUCGCGGCGCACGGCGCCAUGGUGACGUACGGACACACACACAUGUAUGACUGGUGCAUCUUCUGCUGGGCGUUCAGCUUCGCGUGCACCCUGCUGGUGCUGCUGGUGCAGCAGUUUGGCCUCCAGGCGAGAAUCCCGGUGUCCUGGUCCAACUUCCCCAUCACUAUAGCCUGCUACGCCGCCCUCCUUUGCAUCUCAGCCUCAGUCAUCUUCCCACUCUUUUUCCUCAAGGGCCAGCAGAUGAACAGCGAGGCCCGUGACCAUCGCAUCGUCUCAACCGUCUUCUCCUGCCUGGCAGCGGUGGCCUACAUGGGGGAGGUGAGCUUAACUAAAGCGAGGCCGGGAGAGGUGGCGGGCUACAUGGCUACGGCUCCUGGCUUGCUGAAGGUGUUCCAGACCUUCGUGGCCUGUAUUAUCUUCAUUCUCGUCAGCGAACAUGUGUCGUAUGACCGCUUACCGGCGCUCAAGUGGUGCAUGGCCGUGUACUGCAUCUGCUUCAUUCUCUCCAUGGCUGUGGUGGUGCUGUGUGUGGGCGAGUGCACCGGCUGGCUCCCCAUCCCGUUCUCCAAGUUCCUGUCAGCGUACGGGCUCUUGGCAGUUAUCAUGUACUUGACCGCCACCAUCAUCUGGCCCGUGUUCCAGUUUGACGAAAAGUAUAAGGCCAGGGGCAGCGAGACGUCAAACCUGAUCGCGGUGGCUGUGCUCACGGCCCUCAACUUCCUGCUCUACCUCGCUGACCUGGUCUACACCGGCAGACUCGUGUUUCUCAGCACCUGAGAGGAAGAAAUGAGGAACUCUCACUCACACACACUCACUGAUGACUGAUGUGGACUCUAACCAUUCGCUGCCUAAUUCUGCUGAAACGAGGAAAUCCCAAUAAGUCAAAAGCUCACUUACCAAAUAUGUGUGAACGUACGUGUGCACAGUGCAUGUUUGUAUUUUUCCAGAUAUCUGCAAUGAUAGGUUUGACCCUCUAAUGUAACUCUUGUUCAGUGUGCAAGGUGGGAGAUCUGAAUUAUGGUGUGACACAGGAGGAUGAAGUCAGAAUCACUGGAGAACAGAGAAGUGUGAAAUGUGUUCAUUGUCUUUAUCAGACAGAAAUACACACAGGCACUGUUGUGGAAGCUUCUUGUGCCAAACACCACCGAGCAGAAUCUGCUGUUCUAUAUCUUUCUUAUUAUCUUUUGUUCAUGACAGUCAAAUGUAUCCGAGUUAAACCAUGUGAAAGGUUGGAAUUUGAUGAAAUAUUAAACAACUAAACACUU